CAAAUGGUUCUACUGGCUAAGACAAGGAAGUUUGUGUUUCAGAAGAUGCUCUGGGUUUAAAUCUGACAGCAACAUAAGUGUUGCUGGCCUACUGUAUUUUCAGUGAAAAAUUUAAAUUUAAUUUAAUUAAUUUAAUUUAAUUUAAUUAAUAUAUAAUAGAGAUGCGCAGGAGAAAGAGAAGGUGGGUAAGCAUGGGAAGAAGGAAGUGACCUGUUCGUGUUCAGAUUGCUGAUAAGCAAUUACCAAGUGAGAACAGGAGUCCGUUUGAUUGCCACCCAACUAAUCCAGGCCAAUUACUUUCUUCCUGCUAUGAUUGUGCCAUAGAUUUGUUAACAUACCAGGCCAAAUAUCAAAACAAAAGUUGGCAGUGACUUUUUACACUUUAGGGAAGUUGGCAAUUUUAUCUUUGCUUUACAAACAUAGCCCUUUAUUAUGGAAUCAUAAGACUUGGUACCUGGCGGUACAGCCAAAGAUUGUAAGUCAGCUUGAGGGCCAGAUCUUAACAGCUGCUAGCCAAACAAACAAACCCCCAAAAGCAGAGCAAUGGAAUUUUCCCACUUGGGAACCAAAGGUAUUGGAUCUCCCACCAAGGAAUGCCUUCAGACUCUCUUAGGAUCAGGACAAGACCAAGACAAAAUAAGAUUUGGAAGUGUUACAAAUCAAGAGUACUCCUUUUGUAAUAUGACGCAACUAUGCACAGAGAUAUGCAUCCUCCUGCACAUAGAUCCACAGUCCCUAAUAAAGAAUAUUACAAUUAUUCAGGAUAAUCUUUAUGCAGAUUAUUGGGACCUGAUGGACAGAUUGGAUGCCUGUGUUUAUUAAAUAUGAAUUUUGAUCCCUGUGCAGAGAGUGGGAUCGUUCUGGGGGUGUGGCCUUGAGCCAAGGAGGGGGCUUAGUGCUGCCACUCCGUAUAAAUCACUAAAGCAGGAUCAGGGCAGCCAGAGGGCAGGCAAAGUCCAUGUGCUGAGACAUCCCACACAAUCAACGCCAGAGCAAAGGAGCUUCAUUGGUAAGGAAGGAGCCCAUUUUGAACAGUAAUUUGCAAGAAGGGUUCCUCACAAUGACAACAGUAGAAGCCAAACCUGAAGAGGAGGACAAAAAGGAACCGGACUCAAUGUCAGAUCCUGCUCCAGAGGCAGCAACCACACCAGCAUCCGAUUCAUCAAGCAGGUCAGGCUCACCGGAACAAGAAGGCUUCUUCAAUCUGCUGACUCAUGUGCAGGGAGGACGUAUGGAUGAGCAACGCUGUAACAUUCAAAUUGUACAUAGCAAGAGUGGCUCAGAUCCCGAAAAGAAGGACAGCCCAAGCCCACCUCCCGAGAUGGACAAUUUCAUGGAAAUGCUGGCUCAUACACAGAGCCGACGAAUGGACGAUCAAAGGGUCAGUUUCAACUACCUUCCUGGUUUUCAGAAUAGUAACACCAACAGCCUAUCAGGCUCCGGAGCCACCAAGAAAUGAGAGAUCCACCCCAGCCCUCCUUGGGAAAGCAGGAAAGAGACACCAAUGUGAUGCCACUAAGCAUGUGCUGUGCCUCUCGCCCAAGAUCAUCCCCUCACUGCUGUAUCAGCCCUGCGCAUUUACUGAACAUGCUCUGUGAUUCUAAUAAACACAUCCCACCGUU